CGUUUGAAUUUCCAUUUCUGUGACACUGACAGCGAACACAGGUUGGAAAUAUAUUUUGCUUUGCUCUUACCACGUUUUCUCUUCUGACACCGGUACUUCCCACAAUCCUCUGCGACGAGACGCAACUUCCGAAACCGGACGUUACGUCACCACUACCCAUCGACCCCUCGGGUGUUUAUUUGGUGUUUGUUUUGUGCAGCUACAGUAGCAUUUUUUAAUCUAUUACUGUUACUGGUGUGGAGAUACAGCUGUCACAAUGGGUGAAAGAAAGGGAACAAACAAAUAUUACCCUCCAGAUUUCGAUCCAGCCAAGCAUGGAUCCCUCAAUGGCUACCAUAAAACUCACGCUCUGCGGGAGAGGGCAAGGAAACUGUCCCAGGGCAUCCUCAUUAUCAGGUUUGAGAUGCCCUACAACAUCUGGUGUGAUGGCUGCAAAAAUCACAUUGGCAUGGGGGUUCGUUACAAUGCUGAGAAGAAGAAAGUGGGGAACUACUACACCACGCCAAUCUACAGGUUUAGGAUGAAGUGCCAUCUGUGUGUCAACUACAUCGAGAUGCAGACAGAUCCGGCGACCUGUGACUAUGUUAUAGUAACUGGGGCAAGCAGGAAGGAGGAGCGCUGGGACAUGGCUGAAAAUGAGCAGAUUCUCACCACAGAGCGAAUGGAGAAGGAAAAACUGGAGACGGACCCCAUGUUCAAACUUGACCAUGGUGGGAAAGACAAGGAGAAGCUCAAGAAGGCUCUGCCUUCACUUUCGGAGAUCCAAGACUACCAGUCUGGCUGGAAAAACGACUUCCAACUCAACAGCUCCCUCCGCAGGAAGUUCAGGACGGAGAAGAAAGUUCUGGCUGAGCAGGAGGAGAAGGACAACACGGUGAGGAUGAGGACCAACCUGUCCAUCCCACUGCUGCCAGAGAAGGAGGAGGACAAGAAACUAGCAGCACUGCUCACAUACCAGGCACCUGACUCCUAUGAGGACAAACAGCACAGCAAGCGGAAAGAGAUCUCUUCUCGUUCAUGGUUCAACUCCCCCUCGACCACACCAGGAGGUGCUGCAGGCAGUCUGCUCCAUAAGCUCAGUCUGCAAGGGAAAGAAGCAGCAGUGGCCAAAGCCCUGAGCUCCUCACACAGCCCUCUGAUCCGCAAACGCUCAGGAGGAUCGGGGAUCAAAACCGAACCCUGCGCCACCAUCACUUGCAGAAAGUCAAACCCUGAAAUCAGCACGUGUGAUGGGAAUGUUUCUAAAGUCACUCAGAGAGAGGAGGACCAAAGUAGAGCGCCAACACAAGAGGGGAAGGAAGUCACAGAGACAAAUGGAAGUGGCUCUGGGGAGAUGCAUGUCAAAACCACAGAAGAAGCAAAUGAAGGACUGACACAGGUCAAGGACUCGGGGAAGGAGAAGGAGCAGGUUAGGCGUUUAGGAGCACUGGCGUCCCUGGUGGCAGACUACAGCGACUCAGAUUCAGACCCUGGACAAUGAGGCUGACUAUAAACUAAAUGGGACUAUUUCUGUUUUCAGUGGAUGGAGAUGAUUGUCAGCAAUGUCAGUGUGUCAGUUUGUGACAGUGAAACAUGAACUAAAGAUGCACAUCAUGACUGAGCAAACAUCUGCUUGAAUGUGUGUUGCAUUUCAUUUGAAAACAGUGACAGAAUAGACUCACCAGUCUAGUCAGGAUGGAAAUAUUUUAGUUGUCUAAAACAAAAUGUUUAAGAUAAGAUUUUGAUUUUAAGUUUGGUGGGCUGCAGAAUGCAUUGUCAUGUGUUGUAUGAUGACAGCAUGACUGUUUAAUAUAUUUAAAGGAGCAGUGUGUAGGAUUUAUCGGCGGAAAUUUAAUAACUUUUUCAUAAUUUUGUUUUUCGUUCAGCUGGUUGUAAUCAGCAAUCUCACCACUAGGUGCUACUAA